AUGAAAGAAACAUGGCUAGCCAUCGGCUUCGUCACAGUGUUAUCCCUGUUUGCCCUCUUCUCCAUCAUAAAGUUCGCGACAGGAGUUGGUGAUCCGGAUGAGAUACUUUCAACUCCGGUUGAGGCUGUUGAAGUUAUUGAGCUUCCAGUCCUGAGGCUGACGGAUACAGAUUUUUGGAUAAAGUGUUGCUGUUUGAUUAAUAAAAACUCUUCCCACAGAUAUCCAUACCUCGCCGCCAUAAUAGCUCAAAGCGGUACUAACGACACAGAGGGCUGGAUUUUCACAUGUUUCGGCAGCGUUAUCACCAUGAGGUGGAUUGUCACUACCGCGCACUGCAAGAUACCAGAUCACACCCACCGAGCGCUCCUCCACCGCGACUACAUUUACAACCACACGAACACCCGCCUCAUCCUGAGGUGGAAGGUGCAUCCCGGCUUUAUCUCCAAUAGCACCGUACCAUGGCACGACAUAGCUCUGGUCAAGGUAGACAAGGACAUGGAGACAGCUGCGCCUGUCUUCUUUACCAAUGGAGUUCAGCAGGUCCAAGCCAGCGUUUGGAAGACAAUAAUCACCAUGGAUCGCCGCACUUACCUCACCAACGCUAUGGAGAUCUACGACGUCGAACUAGUCAACCCAAUUUUCUGUUACGAACGCUACGGAUUCACAUUAGACGACACACUCAUAUGCGUCAACAUGACCCACGACGCUGACUGCUUCAUCACUGAGUUUGGACCGAUCUUUACCCCCACAGAACGUGUGCUAGGGGUGUUGAGGCUGAUGCCGAAUGAUUGUGACAAUAAAUUGGCCAUAUUUACGAACGUGACGUCGUAUUUUGAGUGGAUUUCGAAGGAGACUGGUGCUGGGAAAGAUAGAAAGGAAGUUUUACAACCACAGGAAAAGACGUGCCGCACCUCCGAUCUCCGUCGGCCCACAGCCUGCAUGUGGCUGCAACAAUCAUCAAGAUGCUGA